UGGAGAUAUAACACGGGGCGGCUUCGUCCUUGGUCUAUUCUGGCGCUCCGGACGUUGGCAACAUCUCGGUGGAAGCCAUCGAGAGGCACAGGCAUAGGCACAGGCACAGUCAACACCUUCGACACAAAUCUCUGCCAAACUAAACACAAUGCGAGCCUCACGCCAGAACAUAGACCUGGGCGUGCCGGCCCCGCCAGAGGUCUACAACUACCGCGUCUAUGCCCUUGCCUUGAUCAGCAGCAUGGGCGCGGUCAUGUUCGGGUACGAUCUCGGUUUCAUCGGGACCGCGCUCGAGCUGGCAUCUUUCAAGGAGGACUUCGGCCUCGCCCACGCGUCCGAGUCCGCAAAGUCUGCCUUCUCCGCCAACGUCGUCUCCCUCCUGCAGGCCGGGUGCAUCAUCGGCUCCCUCGCGGCCGGCCCGUUCAGCGACCGGUGGGGGAGACUCAUCACCCUGUUCGCCACAGCCGUCUUCUUCAACGUGGGGUCGGCCAUCCAGACCGGGGCGCGCGGAUCCGAGGCCCUGAUGCUGGUGGGGCGCGGGAUUGGCGGCAUCGGCGUCGGCGCCGCGAGCAUGAUCGUACCCCUUUAUGUGGCCGAGGCGUCCCCGCCGCAUAUUCGGGGGCGACUUAUUGGUAUCUACGAGAUCGGAGUGUCGAUGGGCACUUUGAUUGGGUUCUGGAUUAACUAUGGGCUUGCGAACAACUUGCCGUCGAACUCGACGCAGUGGACGAUUAGUUUCGCCGUCCAGUUGAUCCCGGGGGGGUUGCUGAUGAUUGGCAUCUUCUUCAUUCCGGAGUCGCCCAGAUGGCUCGCCAGAAAGAAGGGACGGGCAGCCUGUGUCGAAGUAUUGCAGCGGCUGCGAAACAUCCCGGCCGACCACCCGUACCUGCUGGAAGAAAUCCACAGCAUCUUCCAGCAGCUCGAGCAUGAAGAGGCAAUAGCCGAGGGAACCGGGUUUAAGCCCAUCCUGAAGGAGAUUGCAAAGUCGGGGAACAGAAAACGGCUCGGGAUCGGCUCGUUGAUGUUCGUUUUCAUGCAGAUGGCAGGGUCGAACGCCAUCAACUACUACUCGCCCGCCAUCUUCCGAAGUAUCGGUCUGACAGGAUCAAACACGGGUUUGUUUGCCACGGGAAUCUACGGCGCUGUCCGGUUUGUAGCGAUUCUGUUCUCCAUGAUUUUCGUCGUCGACCGUUUUGGUCGCACGAGGGCGCUCAUGGCGGGAAGCGCGGUCAUGGCAUUUGCAAUGUGGUUCAUCGGAGCCUACAUCAAGAUCGUUGCGCCUCCAUCCACCGGAACGGAAGACAUCACCGCCAGUGGCUAUGCCGCAGUGGUGAUGAUUUACGUCUACGCCGUCGGCUGGUGCUUCUCCUGGGCCGGCAUCCCGUGGAUCUACGCCGCCGAGAUCUUCCCGCUCCGCAUCCGGUCGCCCUGCAUCUCCAUCUGCGUGGCCAUCCACUGGGUUAUGAACUUCGUCAUCGCACGGAGCGCCCCCUACAUGAUCUCCGACAUUGGGUACGGCACCUACUUCCUGUUCGCCGCGUGCAUGACCCUCGCCAUCCCAUGGGUGUUUUUCUUCGUUCCCGAGACCAGAAAUAUCAGCUUGGAGGACAUGGAUGAGCUGUUUGGCAUGCCGCCUGUUGAUCACUUGUACUACGAUGGCAAGGAUGGUGCGGGAGAUGAAGAGAAGGCUGGGACAACGGAAGUCGAGACAUCGGCUCGCCCUACGACCUAGUGAGCUUGAUGCGGGUAGUUCAAAU